AUGGAACGACCAGGGGAGAGGCUCUCCGAGUUCAUCAUGACGACUAAUACCAUCCAUGGGAACUCGCAAUUCCAGAAGCCCUCAUGUCUACGCUGGACGUGGGAGUCACCCGGUGGAGGGUACCGUAAUGAAAUAGACCACAUCAUCGUCAAUAAAAGGUUCUGCCUGACGGGCGUCGCUGUUGCGCCAAAGUUCUACACGGAAUCGGACCAUCGCUCCCUACAAGGAAGAUUUUCCUUCACAAGGAGAAAAGAGAAAGCCGCAAGUUCAGAGAGCAAAAUCCCAGAACUAUUAUUAACUGGGAUCUCUUCGCUACGCUCGCCGGCUUUUGGGAAGAUUCCGCAAUGGACAACAUAG